AUGGCACCCCGCAUCAUCGACACAAUCAAAAAGAACCACCGGGAGAUUGAAUCAUAUUAUGGCAAACUAAUUACCUCCCAGAAUGAGGAUGAACAGACUCGCUUCCAGAAUCUGUUUACCUGGGAGUUAGCUCGACACUCCAUUGGAGAAGAGCUGAUUGUUUAUCCUCUCUUUGAGAAACUACUCUCCGAGGGCGUGGCAAUGGCCAAUAAAGACCGUGAUCAACACUUGAAGGUUAAAAAACAACUGAAGGCGUUCCAAAAAAUGACACCGUCAGAUGCGCAGUUUGUUCCUACUGUCAGGGAGCUGAUGGAGAAUCUUACCGAACAUAUCAAAGAGGAGGAGAAUGACGAUCUACCUAAACUGGAGCAAGCCUUGACUCAAGAGGAUAGUGAGGAGUAUUCUAAGAGCUUCGGUCGAACGAAGAUGUUCGUCCCUUCGCGUGCUCACCCUAGUGCACCAGACAAGCCCCCGUACGAGACAGUUGUGGGGCUUCUGACGGCCCCCAUCGAUCAUCUCGCUGACCUCUUCCGUAAGUGGCCUGAUAAAUCGGGGAUGCCUAAUCCAUCUACGAAAUAA